AUGGGCUUCCUAGACUCGCUAAAAAAACCUGUUAAUAUCAAGAGUUCGCUCCCCAAAUUUUCCCGCAGUGCUACCAGCGUCAAUUUAAGCAGUCAUCCAGUAAGUUCACGGUCUUUCCUAGAUUUACCACCAGAGCUUUUCAGCAUCGCCAAACCUAUAUUCAAGCUUCUGCAAGCACACGCAAAUAAGAUUUACUUUCAAUCUUCCGACGCAGAAGCUGUAUGGAAUGUUAAGAAUUCUUCUGGUCAUGUUUUUGAAGCAGAAUCAAUUUCCUUGGUCGGUUCCCAUAUAAUUGUUACAGAAUCCUCUGUACGAGUCGCAGACGUGGCCAUCAUAGAUUCUCCGUCUAGCAUAAAUCAAUGUGAGAUUUCAAGCGUUGGAGAAUUCCUGCAGUUUAAUAAUGGCCAGCUAUCUAUUACAUGUAGCGAUUUUGGCUUACUGGAGAGGUUCAAAAGGUUGUGUAUGAUUUCGAUUUUUGAGUUCAUUUCCAUAUAUAAGGCCUUAACAGGUACAGUGAUUUCUUCUUAUGGCCUGAGAAUGUCUGAUAUGCAUAUUAUUUUGAACUCGCCAUUUAAUUUUAAGGAUUGGUGUGAGGUUUACCUUGAUGGUCAAGGUUGGGUGAAAGUUUGGUGUCAUAUUGAUAAAGUGUCUAAAACUAAUAAUUCUAAAACUAAUGGUGACUAUGAUGCCAAAGGAAAAUACCAAAUCCGGUUUUAUAGAGAUGACAAGUCCACAUCUAGCAAGAACUGCGUUUUUUUCAUUCCCGACAAUGAGUACGUUCAAGAUAUCUUUUUCUAUAACAUCGACGCAGCUGAACCUUCCAAGAAUAUGAACGAAUUUUUUCAAGGAUUGCAAAUGAUAAAACUUGUUGGUAAUGUACGCUUUUGCAGUGAUACGGAUUUUAAUGAUGUAAUGGACAAUGGAUCAAUCUAUAGUAGUGCAAACAACGGAAGUGGUGAUAGCAGCUCGGCGGCAUUAAAUAAUGAAAGUCCAAACACUACACCAAAGAGCAGAACUUUCUUUUCACCGAAAGGCCACAGAAGAAACAGUUCUCAUGUGAGUUCGUUGACUUCAAGAUCAACAAAGAAGCCCAUAACUAACUUUACUACACGUACAAACGGACUUUUGAUUAGGCCAUUGCCUCAUCAUGGUGUGCAUCACUUGGAAGCAAUGAUUAGGUUUAUCAUUCCUUUAAUGGAUUGUGCCAGACUUUAUGGGCGCCCAGUUCAAUUCAAGACAGAAAGAACGGAUAUAAAUUCAUUAAUGUUUGGAUUACCUAAAUUGCCCUCAGUGGAUUAUUUUGCUCAAGAGGAGAUUGCCCAUUUGAUGACUCAAGAAUUUAAUCCUUUGAAAGAAAAAGAUACCGACGAUACGAUGGCUUUAACUAUGUCAAGAUUUUCUAGCUAUUUGCAAGAAAGAAUGAUGAAAAUCUCUAAGAGAAAUACGGAACUGAAUUUCAGGACUUUCAGUGAUGUAAUGGGCGUAUAUAGUAAUACCAGGGACCAAUCUAAACUCGGUUGCAUGGGUGAUAAGGAUAAUUCUGUGAAGGAAUUUUCGUUGAGCGAUAAAAGCAACGUUAGUUCUGAUACGACAAAUAUGAUGAAUCAAUUGCAGGUAAACGCCCGUGAAUACAAAAACUCUAUGUGCGAACGUCCUAUCGUCGCAAGUACUUCACCUUUGGCCUAG